AUAUAGGCCAGCCUAUCUAAGUGAAGUAUUCCGUCCUACGACAUUCAUUGUCACUGUAAAGAUUCUGUUAAUCCAUAGGACUGGUUUUUCAUUCUCAUUCCAUAAAAGCCUACAACUUCACUUCAAUCUUCAAUUCUUACAUCUUCACAUUUCCAUUCUUAUUACAUAGCUUUUACCAUUAGCUUCCCAUCGGCCGUAUACCCAUCACACUCAUCGGAGCGAGCUAUUGCUACAGUUAUUGUCAUCCACAUCCACAUCUACUUUGUUUCAUUAUCAAAGUCUCAUUUUUCAGAGAGCCAUUCCUUUAAUUCUUCAAUCAUAAACAAUUCGUAAAUGAAUGGUGCUUCCCGAGUGAUCAGUGAUCAGAAUCAGCGAGCUCAACUAGCAGCGCAGUUCAACGAUUUCUACCUCCACAUAACACUGCCCAACGUCACCCAGAUUGGCAAUUAUCGUAUCAUCGAAGAGAUAGGCGAGGGAGCCUUUGGCAAGGUUUACUUGGCCAAGCAUGUCUUGCUUAACAUAGAAGUAGUCUUGAAAUGUGGACUAGUCGAUGAUCCCAAUAUUGUACGAGAGAUCUACUAUCACAAGCAGUUGAAACACAAGAACAUCGUAAGUCUCUACGAGGUUAUCAAAACAGAAUCGCAUCUCUGGCUCGUUCUCGAGUAUUGUCAGGGUGGGGAAUUAUUUUACUAUAUAUACGAGAAAAAGCGUCUAGAUUAUCGAGAAUGCCAGCACCUUUUCUUUCAGAUAGUUCUAGCCUUGAGACAUGUCCAUCUGCUUAAUCUAAGUCAUCGAGACUUGAAGCUAGAGAACAUCUUGCUUGCGGACAAAAAGAGGUCGAUUGUCAAGAUUACAGACUUUGGCUUUGUGCGGGAGUUUGAUCCUCUGAACAGGCGUUUUUUGUCGACUAUCUGUGGAACCACAGUCUAUAUGGCACCAGAGUUGUUGAAGAACGAGAAAUACUCAGGUUUUGCGAGCGAUAUCUGGGCUCUCGGAGUAAUUCUCUUUACUAUGAUAUAUGGUGAGAUGCCCUUUGAUGAAGAUGACGAUCUCAGAACAAAGUACAAAAUCGUCAAUGAAGAACCUUUCUACAGAGACAAUAUACCGCAACAUUUAGUCCAACUUAUCCAGAAGAUGCUAUCCAAAGAUCCCAACGAAAGACCGCAUCUCAACGACAUCUUGAACUCGCAGUUCUUGAUAGACAUCCACAACAAAUUCACCGAGAGAGACUCCAAAAAAUACAACGACACUGAGUCGAUCAUUUCUAUACAUCAGUACUACAGCAAUUGCGCCAGACCGUUCCAGUCUAAAGUAGAGAAAGAAAUCAUAAAAAGACUUCAGAAGUUGAACUUCGACAUAGACGAACUUCAAGCUUGUGUUUAUAGCAAUGAUAUGAAUUCGUUAACAGCUUUCUACGAGUUAAUGUUGACACAAGAGUUCUCCAAGAAGAAAAGGAAGUAUUAUAGAGAGAAGCAGAAAAAAUACUACGAGGCCAAAAGAACACUCCGCAAAUCAAGAAAGCGAGUUAAGAGUGCACUUUCGCUAUCUGACCUGAGUGUCACUGGUAAUGCUCCACCUUUAGAGAGAAUCAUUUCCAGUUUGAGUUUGUCGUCCAACAGAAAUGGUAGCCGUGCAGCGUUAAAUAAGACUGUAGAGUCGCGUAUGUCUUCAGAUGGUGCAGAAAGACGAAGUUCUCAUACCAGAACGGCUUCUGGCUCUGGGCCCACUUUACGAAUCGACAACAAUGGGCUAUUAAACGUGGGCUCUUCUCCAGGCUCGCCUACCUCUACCAGAUCACGAGGAGCUCCUGAUACACCACGAGAGAGAGAAAAUCUGCAUGCCACCGUAGAAACUGGCCCACCGUUGCAGAGAAUCGUAUCCUUUGUGCCCGAGGAUAAUCGAAGACGAUCUGAUAUUUCUGUGGUUGCAAGCAACGAGCCACUCAAGAAGAAGAUCAAGAACGGCAACUUCUUAAACAAGAUCCAGUUCUGGAAGAAAUCGAGAAAGGAAGAAGACUUGGACUCAAACUAUAGUGUCCAUUCCAGACAGUUCCCAAAAUCUUCAACUGACUACAGUAACGAAAAAAACGAAGACAGACCUCUAGAAAUCACCAUAAACCGUAGUUCACCUUCACGUGAUAUGAAUGACGUUAACAGUGGCUCUCCACAUGCAGAGCACAGACAUCUGGAAAGACAUUCAGGACCACUCAUGGAGAAUUUCACCUUGAAUCAGCCAGCUUUGACGAUGCGCAAAGAUGAUUCGAUUGAAGAUCCGGCAGUUUCCUUGACUUUAAACGAGACGAAUUCUCCUACACCACCAGUAACCGACCAAUCGGGUUCUCGAACUGUGAGAACCAGGCCGACUUCGAUGAUUUCACAGAUGAGUCAAGUGAGUCAUUUGAGUCAGAUGUCAACGAUGAUGUCGGAAUCGGAAUUAGAUAUCUUGGACGAAACGGAUACUAUGGACGAUGAAUAUGACGAUGACGACGACGGAGCCUAUGAGUCGAGUUUGAACAUCUCGCAAGACUUCACCAGACAUCUGUCGACAGCCAUGACGCCGACGUCGAGUUUUGGAGCGAAUGCGCAGCUGAAGUAUGCUUCUGCAAAGAAGCGGCCCGGAUAUAAGCGUAAUGGAUCUGAUUUCUCGCUCAAAUCAGGGUCUACUUCUUAUAAGCACAACAAGAAGUUCUCACUCAGCCAAUUGUCUUCCAACUCGUCUGAAGAGUCUUCUAUCAAGUCCAAUAGCAACUUCGUGGCACCAAUACCUACUAAGCCGACAAUAGCAUCGACAUUAAACGGUGACUUGGACGGCACAUUGACUCCAACACAUAUUGCCAGAGCCAACUCGCCAGAUUUGGCGAAAGGUAAGACGAAAAAGCGUUGGAAUCCGAUCUUUUCUGACAACAUUACUUCCAACUCUUACAACCAGUCUAGUUCUCCAUUGUAUGGAAACGGUCAGAUGAUGGACUAUAGAGCUCAUUCGCCACCACCAAAUAAGAUGAACACCAAAUACCCUGUUAAGACACUAUUUGACCAAAAGAAGCAGGCGAAGACUCUGCCCUCUCCUGGAUAUGUAUCCGGGCCACUGCCCAAAGAUGCAGCUAGGAGUGAUACCAGAUGGGAGCCUAACUUCGUGUCCACAUCAGUGGUGGGGUCAUUUACAGCGCCAAAGUCGGGCUUUGAGCCGGUGAAUGAAGAGGAUGAGAAUGAAUACUAAAAUGGGAUUCUUAUAGAUGUACAAAGUUCAAGUAGUUUGUAUGGCUGCGAAAUAUAGAACAGUGAGGAAGUGACUGUGUAUGUAUUCUUUAAAGCCGUCAGCGAAACAGUCAAGCAAAUAGUAAUGUUUAAGAGCGAU